ACGUGGGCGGGGCCAAACUAGUGUCACGCAGCAUACAGACAAACUUUGAGCUACCCGUUAACUUUGCUCCAUCGUCUGUUUGGCAAUGUUACUAGCUUGACACAGCACGCCAGACGUGGUCCAAAAGAUGGACUGCCAUGGAGAAGAUGAUGGAGAAUUCUGCAGGUUGGCGAGGGCGAGUUUAGUGCUGGUGAACAGCAAGAAUGAAAUCAGCGCACGACUGCAACAGUUUGUGGAGGAGAGGAUGCAGACCACCAUGCUCACAGGUGUGCUGAUUGGAGCUGCUGUCGCCAUCUCACUGAUUGGGAUUGUGGUGCUUUUCCUUUACAGGAGAUACAAGCUUGCUCGUCAACAACAGCCCGGUGUACCUCAGUAUCGCUUCAGAAAACGAGAUAAAGUGCUCUUCUAUGGAAGGAAGAUAAUGCGAAAGGUCCAGACGCUGUCAUCGAUUCCUCCUCCCACCUCUACCUCAGUAACAAAGCAACCGCAGCGCAUACGCAAAAGAACCAAAGUUCUCAGCAUAGCUCGCAAAAUCUUGAGGAUCCGCAAAGACCCUCCCACCCUGCAGCCUAAGGAACCUCCUCCCUCCCUGCUGGAGGCUGACCUAACAGAGUUUGAUCUGCAGAGCUCAAACCUGCCCUCGGAGGUCCUCUAUAUGCUGAAGAACGUCAGGGUCUUAGGCCAUUUUGAGAAGCCCCUGUUCCUAGAGCUGUGUCGCCACAUGGUGUUUAUCGAACUGCAGGAGGGUGAGAGUCUUUUCAGGCCAGGAGAGGAUGACAAUAGCAUUUUCGUGGUCCAGGAUGGACGACUCGAGCUCCGCAUCCACGAGAACGAUGGUACUGAACCAGUGGUGAAGGACGUGCUCCCAGGAGACAGCGUCCACAGCUUGCUCAGUAUUCUGGACGGCAUCACUGGAUAUCCAGCUCCAUACAAGACUGUAUGUGCACGGGCAGCAACUCGUUCCACCAUCUUACGUUUACCUGCAUCAGCCUUUGAGUCUGUGUUUAAGAAAUAUCCAGAGACAGUUGUUCGGGUCAUUCAGAUAAUCAUGGUGCGCCUCCAAAGAGUCACCUUCUUGGCGUUACAUAACUAUCUGGGCCUAACAACUGAGCUCUUCAAUCCGGAGAACCUGGCGGUGCCCUUAACCAACAUAAACGGUGUGAUGGGAGAUGCGACUUCUGGGAAGACGACUCGUCGCUUGUACUUCCAGGACGAGUUACCCACUGGGGGCACAGAGAGCUCCACAGAGACAGAUGGUGUGAAGGACAGUCCGUCAAACAGCUACAGGAAGCCGCGAUCCACCUCAAUGACCACCGACUGCGCAGGUAAUGACCUGAACAUGGCUUGUGAACGAGCUCGAGUCACUAUAGAUGAGGCUCCGCCCAGUCCUGUCACUCCCAAAUCCAGUCUGAAGAAGAGUGUGACAAUGCAGCACACGCCCUCUGAAGUGUAUCACUACACAGACGGUGGGUGGCACGAGGAAGCCUUCAACCUCAGUAAGAGCUGCGCAAUCCUCCAGGCUGCCAAGAAGGACCUGCUGGGAAUCAUCCAGCUGCAGGACCCCAGUCUACUUGAGGGCAGAGUGACCCUCCAUCAAGUCAAAGCUGGUUCUGUGGUGGCUCGUCAGGGAGACCAGGAGGUGAGCAUCCAGUUUGUGAUCUCUGGCGUCCUCCAUGUCUACCAACGGAUGAUUGACCGGGAAGAAGAGACACGUCUGUUUGUGACGCACCCCGGAGAGCUUGUCGGUCAACUUGCUGUCCUGACCGGAGAGCCCCUCAUAUUCACUGUCCGAGCCCUGCGAGACUGCAGCUUCCUCUCCAUUACCAAAACCCACUUCUAUGAGAUAAUGCGCGUGGAGCCAAAGGUUGUGCUGAACGUUGCUCACACAGUGGUGAAGAGGAUGUCACCCUUCGUCAGACAGAUAGACUUUGCUCUCGAUUGGAUGGCUGUGGAAGCUGGCAGGGCAGUCUACAGGCAAGGAGAGAAAUCAGACUGUACUUUCAUUGUGCUGAGUGGUCGACUGCGCUCUGUAAUCAUGAAGGAAGAUGGAAAGAAGGAGCUCAUAGGAGAGUACGGACGCGGCGACCUGAUUGGAGUGGUGGAGACCCUGACCUAUCAGAACCGAGCCACCACAGUGCACGCUGUACGAGACUCUGAGCUGGCCAAGUUACCAGAAGGAGCUCUCAGCUCCAUCAAGAGAAAGUUCCCACAGGUCGUCACCAGGUUGAUCCACUUACUGGGAGAGAAGAUCCUCCAGCAGGUCAACGCUCGCAGUUUGGCCCUCCACACUCAAGGCAGUAAGUGGGAUGCAGGGAACCAGGCCUCCAACCUUUCCACUGUGACAGUCCUGCCUGUAUCAGAAGAAGUACCUCUCACUGCCUUCAGCCUUGAGCUGCAUCAUGCACUCAUAGCAAUAGGUCCUACUCUUCUGCUGACCAGUGAUGUUAUCAAACAGCGACUUGGAGCUGCAGCACUAGACAGUGUUCACGAGUAUCGUCUGUCCAGCUGGCUGGGCCAACAAGAAGACCUCCAUCGCAUAGUCCUUUACCAGACGGACUACAGACUGACCCCGUGGACACAGCGGUGCAUCCGUCAGGCUGACUGCAUCAUCAUCGUGGGACUAGGAGAGCAGGACCCUGCCGUUGGGGAGCUGGAGCGUAUGUUGGAAGGAAGUGCAGUGCGUGCUCAGAAGCAGCUGGUGCUGUUGCACAGAGAAGACGGCCCCCCACCCAAAGGAACCGUGGACUGGCUCAACAUGCGAAGCUGGAUCUCCAGACACCUCCACCUCUCUUGUCCCCGAAGGGUCUUCUCUAAGAGGAGCCUUCCCAAACUGUUGGAGCUGUAUCAACGUGUGUUUGAGAAGCCAGCAGACCGUCACUCAGACUUCUCACGCCUGGCUCGAGUCCUUACAGGCAAUGUUAUUGCUCUUAUUCUGGGAGGAGGAGGGGCCAGGGGCUGUUCCCAGGUGGGGAUAAUGCGAGCUCUCUGCGAGGCCGGCAUCCCAGUGGACCUUAUUGGCGGCACCUCUAUCGGUUCCCUGAUGGGUGCACUAUAUGCCGAGGACCGUAGCCACAGCCGCAUGAGGAUGAGGGCCAAAGAAUGGGCUAUGGAAAUGACAUCCGUGUUUAAGAAGAUUCUGGAUUUGACCUAUCCAGUCACCUCCAUGUUCACCGGUGCUACCUUCAACUCCAGCAUUAGCAAUGUCUUCAAGAGCAAACAGAUUGAGGACCUUCGGAUCCCCUACUUCAAUAUUACAACUGACAUCACUUCCUCUGCCAUGAGAGUACACACUGAUGGUUCUCUGUGGCGGUAUGUUCGGGCCAGCAUGUCUCUGUCUGGAUAUCUGCCUCCUCUCUGCGACCCCAAAGAUGGACACCUGCUGAUGGAUGGAGGCUACAUCAACAACCUGCCAGCUGAUGUUGCACGCUCCAUGGGGGCCAAAGUGGUGAUAGCUAUUGACGUGGGCAGCCGGGAUGAAACCAACCUCACUAAUUACGGCGACUCACUCUCAGGCUGGUGGCUGCUAUGGAAACGCCUCAACCCCCUAGCUGAGAAAGUAAAGGUGUUAGACAUGGCAGAGAUUCAGACUCGGCUGGCCUACGUGUGCUGCGUUAGGCAGCUGGAGUCUGUGAAGAACAGUGACUACUGCGAGUAUAUCAGACCUCCAAUCGACAGAUACGGAACACUGGAGUUUGGCAAGUUUGAUGAGAUUGCUGCGGUGGGAUACCAGCACGGGAAAACUGUGUUUGACGUGUGGAGACGCAGUGGAGUGGUGGAGAAAAUGUUGAAAGACCGACACCAGGAGGAGUUCCACAACACCAAAAGCAAGAACAAUGUGGUGUCGAUUCCCAAUGCUUCCUUUACUGACCUGGCAGAAAUUGUGUCCCGCAUCGAGCCCGUCAAACCUGCUGUGGCAGAGGAGUCAGACUACCACACUGACUAUGAAGAGGAGGCAUUGGAGAGCGCUCUGUCUGACACAGAGCUUUACAAUCGCUACGGAGAGCACACUGAAGGGGAGGAGACUGCCGACACAGUGUGAACCACUGCUUAUAAUGGUGGACAUAUUGAGGUUUCUUAUUUGAUGAAGAGCUGGAAGGGAGACGUGCACACCACAUCACCUCACUCUCCAGCAGUCAUCCCCAGACUCCUACCAUCUCUGACAGUCAGUCAAACCAGGAAGUCCUCUCCAAGCAGUCCAUUGAGUGAGGACCAGUCUCAUGAACUCUGCCCAAUCAGGUCAUCGCAAAUUAAUCUGACACAUUUUAAGAGUUCCAAGUAGAUUAUAGAGAGUUAAAGAUUCAGUGCAUUUCAAUUACAAAAUAACUUUGUUUCUCACUUCACUGUUAUUUAGAUAGUUUUGACAUACACACCGAUAUAUGUUACAUAACAUUUUUAAAAAUGUCUCUAAAUGAUGAAAGAGACAAGAAAAUAAAUAAUGUUCAGUUUUUGGUGACAUUGUUGAAAAUGUGUAAAUUCAAUUAUGUGUUUAUUACUGAGGUCACAGGUGGUGUUGCACUGGACUACAUUAUGUUGAGAGGUGUUUCUCUCUCAAUAUAAUGCAGUUCAGCAGUGUGUGCUGCAAAACAAGCAGCACACACUAAGGCCAUUGCUGUCAGGGAGAUGGAGGGAAGUAAUGAUUGCAAACCACUUCAAAUAACUACAUAUUUCCAUAAUUAAGCCAAGAAUAAAUACAAGCUAAACCCUAGAUGAUUUUAUGCACAAGCCACACAGGCUGGACAAUCACUCCAACAAUGCAACGCAAUGCAAAAAUACACUAACAAAUAGUUAUAUAGCCUUGUUUACCAUGUCUCUCUGUAUGUCACUUUACCGAUUUUAUAGCGUUAACUUCAUUAAUGACAAUUAUUUGUAUUUUUGAUUAGUGUGAUCUUUUAUUUUGUAUUAACAGAUUAAUCUUUUGGCCUAUAUUAUGUCAGAAAAUGUUAGAAUUGGAUCAAUAUUUCUUCGACCCCAAGGUGAAAAACAUUGUUUUUGUCUAACCGACUGUCCAAAACCCAAAGAUAUUUAAUUUACUCAAAGUAAUUCCAGGAAAAGCAACAAAGGCUCACAUCUGAAAAAACUGGAAACAUCAAAUGUUUAGUAUUUUUGCUUCAUGACUGGCUUAAACAAUUAAUUGAUAAUCGUGUUUACUAGUUUUCUGUUGAUUGACAAAAUGUUUCACCCUAAAUCGCUUUAUUACCAGAGGCCUGCAAAACUGUUUCUGUGUUGUCUGGCCGACAAAUUAUGUAAUAGGGAUUGUACUGCAAUUUCUUAUGACCAAGCGGCCAAAACAUGUUGAAAUACAAAUGUAGCUGCAACAAGCUAAUAUUAGCCAGCCAAUUUAUCCGUCCACUUAAAUCAUAACAAUAUCAAUGCAAAUUUGGGAUUUUCUUCCCACUUGAUAAAGCACCCUGUGAUCUUAGCUAAUACUGGUGCUACGGUGCCUGCAGCCUUACAUGUGUAGACAGAAGAGAAACCCUGUGAUAUACAAUAUGGGGAUCCCAUAUGGUGAUGGUUGAAUGGAGUCUGAGCACAGAAUGUGGGAGCAAAGCAGAUGACCAAUGAGGUAAUGGUGUUUGCACUGGUGUUUUGUACUACUUUUGGGUGGUUUCCAAAAACCAAGCACAGUGAAUUGAUGUUGUCUGGCACAAUGAAUGUUUCACUACUUUAUUAAAUGGGACAUGGUAAUGGAUGCAGUGCUGAUGUAAUGUGUGGAACUGUGCCAUAAUGUUAAUGUUACAAAGCCUUAGAUGACCCGUACAGAAAAAAAAACCACUCGUGCCCUCAUUUAGCAUUAUUGUACAAUGAUGAAUGUUUACCACUAAGCCUGUACUGUAUAUCAGUUACUUGUCUACACUUGUUAUUUGAUAAAUAUAGUUUUUGAUAAUCAAUUGUUACUAAUA